CUCUCUCUCUCUCUCUCUCUCUCUCUCAUGGCCUCAAUUGGGUCGACAAUCUCCAUUGGAGCUGUGCAUGAACAAACCAUCAAAGAAGCUCAAGUCUUUUCCACCACCACCGCUACCACCCACCAUCAUGGCAAACAACUAGAUGCUGGUGCCCUAUUUGUUCUUAAAUCCAAAGGGUCAUGGUGGCACAGUGGUUUUCAUUUGACAACAUCAAUAGUAGCACCACCAUUGUUGAGUCUUCCGUUUGCGUUUGCAUCACUUGGAUGGAUUGCCGGAGUGUUAUCUUUAGGUUGGAGCAAUUGUGACAUUUUAUUCAUAUAAUCUCAUUCUCUUGUCCUUGAACACCAUGUUGAGUUGGGUAAUCGUCACCUCCGGUUUCGUGACAUGGCAUAUGAUAUA